AUGACGUCGAAGUGGAAGGUCUCUGAGGACACAUUACCUCAAACGAACUGGAAAUGCAAAACAAAAACCCGAUGUCCGCGACCACGGCCGAGGCCGUGCGCCGGCGAGCUGCGGUCAGCGCUAGCGCAUCUGGCCCGCGGCGCGAAGGCGGGCGACGGGGAGCUGGACGUGGCCGCGUGCACGGCGCUCGUCCACGCCUGCUGCAGGACCGGCGACCUGGCGGAGGCGCGGAGGGUGUUCGGCGCAAUGCCGCGCCUGGGGCUGGCCCCGAACGAGGUCACCUUCACCGCCCUCAUCCACGGACACUUCGUCCGCGGGCGCAGGGACGAGGGCUUCGCCCUGUUCGAGGAGAUGAGGAGGGGCGGGGUCGAGCCAAACAUCUACACCUACAACGUCCUGGUCGGGGAGUGGUGCAGGACGGGGGAGUUCGAGGGCGCCCGCCGCCUGUUCGACGAAAUGCCCGUGAAGGGCGUCGCCCGGAACGCCGUCAGCUAUAACACCCUGAUCGCGGGGCUGUGCAGGCACGGCAAGAUGAAGGACGCUGCCCGGCUGCUGGAGAUGAUGCGGAAGGAGGGCAUCCGUCCGAGCAUCGUGACGUUCAACCUCCUUGUUGAUGGGUAUGGCAAGGCCGGGCAGAUGUCCAAUGCGGUGCAUUUCUCCAACCAAAUAAGGGCGGCCGGGUACCAGCCCAACACUCUGACGUACAAUGCGCUCAUUGCGGGCUUCUGCCGUGCUAGAGAUAUAGCCCGUGCAAACAGGGCAUUCUCUGACAUGAAGGAGCGAGGACUGACACCCACAAAUGUGACCUACACCAUACUGAUUGAUGCAUUGGCCCGAGGCGGUGACAUGGACAAAGCUUUUGAGAUGUUUGCAGACAUGGAGAAGGCUGGUUUAGAGGUGGAUGUGCGCACUUACGGUGUUCUGGUGCAUGCCCUCUGCAUGGAAGGGAAAAUGAAGGACGCCAGGAAGCUGUUCCAGUCGAUGGAGGAGAAAGGUGUUAAGGCGAACGGUGUGAUCUAUGACAUGAUGAUUUUUGGCUAUGGACGAGAAGGGAACUCUUACAAGGCUAUGAAAUUAAUCACGGAGAUGAGGAAGAAUGGCUUGGUUCCAAAUAUCGCUAGCUAUGGCCUGACGAUCCGUAGUCUUUGUAAUGAUGGUAAAUGUCCGGAAGCUGAAGCUCUUAUCAAGGACAUGGUGCGAGCUGGUCUACAACCAAACGAAUCGGUCUCCCAAGCACUACUGAAUGCCAAGGCAAGACAGGGAAGCUCGACCAGUAACUUUUUUACCUAGGCAGUCAAGCAUGUGUUUUGUGUUUCUGUGCCAAUUCAUAUGUUGUAUGUUUGUCUUGAGAAAGUGGGAAGAGGAAGCACACCCUCUGGUGGAAAUCUGAUGAAAUUUCUUUACUAAACUGAAACACUGCUCAGUGAUUUACUGGACAUUGCCAAAGCUUAACCAAGGGCGAUACGAUAGUUAUAAGCAAAUUCAAAGCAACAAAAAGUAGAUGUAUGUGCAGAGCACUCUCAGCGAGAUAAAGGUCAGUGCAUCCAUACUUGUAUAAUUUAUGUUGGUUGUGUACAUACAUUUUUGUUGUAUAGCAGCGACCAGGUGAUAUGCAAGUUGGAUAAUUCGGUUUCUUCUUUUCCGGAUGCUAACAGUAAUUCAGUAAAUAUGCUAUAUGAAUGCUUUCUUUCUGUUUUUCGUUUUUGAGGCAAAUAGACAUGUUAUUUUGAAGACAAAUUAUUUACCAACUGAUUGCGGUCUUCUUUAGACAACAGGGAAAAUAGCUUUACAUUACCGUAGUUUUCCUUAUCUCUGUGAUGUAGUCAAAUGUUAGUGCAGGUAUGUACAUUGUGGGAUGCCUGGUUUCCCUGGUAUUUUUUGUUGCUUUUAACAUGCUAGAGCUGGGAGCCGAUGCUUGGAAAAACGAGAGAUUGCUCACUUAUCAGCUUUAAACAAUCUAAGAAUGGGGGUAAAGAAAAAUACCAGCCCAUCCAAUAAUGACUCUGCAGGCUGCCAAUUAUUACAUGAGCGUUCCUGAUGAAACCCCAGUUGACACCCUUUUGGGCGUCCCUGUGACCGUCUCUGCAGAUUGGCAUCAACUGCUUCUUGCUCGAUGGCGCCGGCCCUUGCAUACAUUGACACUGAAGUCUGGUUGUUUUUCUAAGUUGGUGUUGGCGCAGUCACGACCAUCAACACUCCUCGUUGCAGUGGCAGGAUCGGCGAGCCGCUGGAGGUGGUAGCAGCGAUGAUAGUUAGUACCGGCUACCGAGGCACCUAGUGUCGG